AUGUUGAUCACUUUUUGUUUAACACUAUUCAUCGCCACUGUCACGGCUGGUAUUCCCUUCAAAGACUGUGGUCAAUCUGAACUAAGAAGUGUUGAGGUUAGUGGCUGUACAACCAGUCCCUGUACUCUCCACAAGGGAAAUGAGAUUACCAUUAAUAUUAACUACACCGCCAGUGCCAACAGCAUUCAUACCACGUGGGAAUUGCACGCAAUAGUUGGCGGACUUGAGAGGGAUUUGGGUCGACUGAUACCCAAAUUUGAUUCCGACGGCUGUCACGACACUCCCUGUCCUAUCAGAAAAGGGGUGACCAACAUGUUUACCACCAAACUCACAAUUCCCGUCUCCACCCCUACACCCAUUGAGGGCGAUAUUAUAGCCAGACUUCUUGGUGAUAAAGUGACCGUGUUUUGUGGAACCGUUCAUGAGGUACAUACUAAAGGGGACCGGACAACACUUUUCUAUAUACGACAAUACCAAUAUUUGGACGGUCGAUUGGUCGACUCAAAUGCCGGCCAAAGUGGGCCCGGUUAA